UACGUCGUCACUAUUUACUUCAUUGGUCUGAAUCUCUGUUGGGGGGUUCGUCUCGUUGCUAUCCUCACCACCCUCCGUGCCACUCGUUGCUCGAGCCGUUGGUAUCCAGCUGACCACCCAGGUUUGCCUCCGAAUCUCCCAACCCUCCGCCAUACAACCAAUAAAUACACCUUCCCCGCCUCCGCUUCCGCAAGCCACCCUUUCUUCCAAACCACACUCAGGACAAGACUUGUUGACAAUCUGCGAACCUCCGAACUUUCUACAUACCGACGUUCUUCACCCACAGUAUUCCAACAUGUGGUUCCCAGGCUUUUCGGGCUUACGCAACGAGCAAUCACUGACGCUCAACGAGCAAAUCAAUCGCAUUGCCCACCAAUUCGAAUACACCGAUGCGGAUGUCAACAAGGGCGUCAAUGAGUUCCUUCGCCAGAUCGCCGAAGGUUUAGAAAAAGACGGGACAAGCCUAAGCCAAAUCCCGACGUAUGUGACUGAUGUGCCCAAUGGCACGGAAAAGGGUCUCUACAUGGCGGUCGACUUGGGCGGUACCAACUUCCGUGUCUGCUCCAUCAAGCUGAACGGCGACGGGUCAUUCUACCUGACUUCGACCAAGGUUCCUAUUCCGAAGGAGCUCAUGGUCGCGAAGACGGCCCCCGAGCUCUUCGCAUUCUUGGCCCGGCAGAUUGAGGCUUUCCUCCAAAAGCAUCACAGCGAAAAGUUCGAGGCCCACAUCAGGCGCCGCAUGACGGCCAGCUCUCCACUUGGGUUCAGGGACGAGAAUGUGUUCCGUAUGGGGUUCACAUUCAGUUUUCCUGUCCAGCAGGUCGGCAUCAACAAGGGAACCCUUAUCCGCUGGACCAAAGGGUUUGACAUCCCGGAUGCCGUAGGCAAAGACGUCUGCGCGCUCCUGCAGGCAGAAAUCGACAAACUCCACCUCCCGGUGAGGAUCGCUGCCCUUGUGAACGACACCGUGGGCACACUCAUGGCUCGCUCCUACGGCGCCCCAGGCAAGCAUGGCGCCGUACUUGGCGCAAUCUUCGGCACUGGCACCAACGGUGCCUAUGUGGAGCAGCUCAGCAAAGUCAAGAAGUCAUUGCUUGGCGACUACGACAAUUCCACCGGCAAAAUGAUAAUCAACACGGAAUGGGGCUCCUUCGACAAUGAGCUGAACGUCCUGCCGAAUACUCCGUGGGACGUUGAAGUGGACAAGAUCACACCCAACCCUGGCCUGCAGAUGUACGAGAAGCGUGUAUCGGGCAUGUUUCUGGGAGAAAUAGUUCGCCAAGUCCUAUUGGACCUCUUGAAGAACCCGAAUGUUCCACUUUUUAAGGAUGUGGACUCGCGUUCAAACGACUGGUUGUCCACAACGGAAAUCUCCGAAAGAUCCGCGAUCUAUAAGGCUUGGGGGCUCGAUACGUCGGUGCUGUCCAUUGCCGCCAUCGACAACAGUCCUGGGCUGUCGCCCCUGCGCGGUGCGCUUGAAUCGGCGCUGGACAUCAGUAGCCCCUCAUUCGAGGACGCGCAAGCCUUCAAGACCAUUGCCGAAGCGGUCGUCCGACGUGCGGCUCGGCUUUCGGCGGUUGCCAUUGCCGCCAUCGUCCUCCAAACCGGGAAACUAACGGACCCUGAUUUGGCAGACGAGCCCAUCGAUAUCGGUGUGGAUGGAAGCCUUGUGGAGCAUUAUCCGCGCUUCAUGGAAAUGAUCUACGAGGCGUUGCGCGCCGUUGAUGGCAUUGGGGAGGAGGGCGCGAAGCGCAUUCGGAUCGGUAUCGCCAGAGACGGCUCGGGCGUGGGUGCGGCACUGAUCGCGCUUGUUGCUGGCCGCAUGGAGAAGGCAAGCGAUGUCUCAGGAAUCAGCGAGCUGAGGUCCACCGCAACGAUUGAUGAGGAGAACGAAGGGGCGAUUUCCGAGUCGUCAGAGUAACUAGGCAACUGGGUUCUUGGGUGUGUUUUGCGCUGGGGUGGAGCGAUAUUUCCUAGACAUGGGAGGGAAGUUCGAAAAAGGGGUGCAUGGUCUUCUCAUUCUGGGCGGCAUGAU